UUCCUACCUGGACAUGCAGGCCCUCGGCCGCCUGGCUCAGGUGUGCCGCUGGCUGCGGCGCUUCACCAGCUGCGACCUGCUCUGGCGCCGGAUAGCCCGGGCCUCUCUCAACUCCGGCUUCACGCGGCUCGGCACCGACCUGAUGGCCAGUGUACCAGUGAAGGAACGGGUGAGGGUGUCUCAGAACUGGAAGUUGGGGCGCUGCCGAGAGGGGAUUCUGCUGAAAUGGAGAUGCAGUCAGAUGCCCUGGAUGCAACUAGAAGGUGAUUCUUUGUACAUAUCCCAGGCUAAUUUCAUCCUGGCCUAUCAGUUCCGCCCAGAUGGUGCCAGCUUGAACCGGAGGCCCCUGGGAGUCUUUGCUGGGCAUGAUGAGGAUGUUUGCCACUUCGUGCUGGCCAACUCACAUAUUAUCAGUGCAGGAGGAGAUGGGAAGAUUGGCAUUCAUAAGAUUCAUAGCACCUUCACUGUCAAGUACUCAGCCCAUGAACAGGAGGUGAACUGUGUGGAUUGCAAAGGGGGCAUCAUUGUGAGUGGCUCCAGGGACAGGACAGCCAAGGUAUGGCCUUUGGCCUCAGGCCGGCUGGGGCAGUGCUUACACACCAUCCAGACUGAAGACCGAGUCUGGUCCAUUGCUAUCAGCCCAUUGCUCAGCUCUUUUGUGACAGGGACGGCUUGUUGUGGGCACUUCUCACCCCUAAGAAUCUGGGACCUCAACAGUGGGCAGCUGAUGACACACCUGGGUAGUGACUUUCCGCCAGGGGCUGGAGUGCUGGACGUCAUGUAUGAGUCCCCUUCCACACUCCUGUCCUGUGGCUAUGACACCUACGUUCGCUACUGGGACCUCCGUGCCAGUGUCCGGAAGUGUGUCAUGGAGUGGGAGGAGCCCCAUGACAGCACCCUGUACUGCCUGCAGACGGAUGGGAACCACUUGCUGGCCACUGGCUCCUCCUACUACGGCGUUGUACGACUGUGGGACCGGCGCCAAAGGGCCUGCCUGCACGCCUUCCCGCUGACAUCAACCCCCCUCAGCAGUCCUGUGUACUGUCUGCGCUUCACCACCAAGCAUCUCUAUGCCGCACUAUCUUAUAACCUCCACAUCCUGGACUUUCACAACCCGUGACAGGGCCACCCCAGCCUGUGGGCCAGGGAAGCCAGCUACUCAGGGACCUCUCCUGCCUGGAGGAGACAGUGAUACCUCCUCCCCCACUGUGCCUGUGUUCCUUGGCCUGUGACUAUGGCGCUCGGGCACGUCAAGGUAAAGGCUGCUGACUCCUGGGCAUUAGGGUCACCCAGGGGCCUUCCCAGGAACCAGCUGGAGAGAAGGGACUUACUGCUUCAGGAGAGAGCAGCUGAACCCAGCCGGGCCUGGCUUCCCUGUUGGCCAGAGCAAGGAUCUGGCCUGGAGAGGCCCACCCCUUCUUAGAGCUGGGCUGCUCAGAGGUGAGGUGAGGUACUCCAGCCUUCCCAGCUGGUCCCUCCCUGCCCCUUUCCUGAAGGAGGUGGGGAGACUGCCAAUACCCUCAACCUCCACUUCAGUCAGACCCCACCCUUGACCAGCUCUUCGGCUGGGGACUCAUUCCUGGGGCACUGGGCCCUGGUCUUCCUUCAAAACCAAGGAUGGACAAAGGGAACCCUGCAGUUUUAGUGAAUUUAAGACAUGCUACAAUGUUCAUUUUUGUAAAAAUAAAGCUUGACUGUUCAGGUUUGGUUCCUCACUGGCUGGGGAGUCCUGGGAGACCCCAGAUAAGAGAACUAAACUUGGGGAUGGGCAUACUGAGGAAAGUGUUAAGACCAGCUUUAUGGCUCAGUAUCCCAAAGAAUAAAGGUUUCUUUUCUUUAGGAAAA